UUCUUUCAAGGUCUAUUUGAUAUUCGAGUACACUCAAGCUUUAGAUCUUGAAUUCCUAUCAUUUCGCUUCACCAUGAAGGCCUUCACAGCACUUUCCAUCGGGCUCCUCUCGGUUGCCUCUGCGACUCCAAUCGUGGAAGAAGCCCGAAAAUUACAACGCGGCACUCCAACCCUCUCCCCCGCCACCACCGUCCAAGCAACAGUAAGCCUUUGCACGCAAUACGCCUACUACGCCGAAAACGGCUACGAGGUCCUCAACAACCUCUGGGGCAAGGACUCGGCGACCUCAGGCUCGCAAUGCACGUACUACGAAGGGGCGUCCGGCGACGGCAUCAAGUGGAGUUCAGACUGGACAUGGCAGGGCGCGCCAGACAACGUCAAGGCAUAUCCGUAUGCCGGCAGAAUACUUACCAAGGGCAAUACCAUCGCCAAGAUCAAGCAGAUGCAGACGGCCGUGGAGUGGAGUUAUAACACGACUAGCAACGUGCGCGCCAACGUGGCAUAUGAUAUCUUCACCGCGGAAGACCCGAACCACGUUAACAGCAGCGGGGAUUAUGAGCUCAUGAUUUGGCUCGGCCGUCUCGGAGGCGUAUGGCCCAUCUCCCAAGGCGGCGCGCCAAUCGCCACCGUCACAAUUGCCGGAUACACGUUCGACCUGUACUUUGGCUACAACGGGUCCAUGAAGGUGUACAGUUUCGUGCGGGCGGGGAAUAACGACAUCAAGAGCUUCAAGGCGGACGUUAAACUCUUCUUCAACUAUCUGGUCACUAACCACCAGUAUCCGCAGAGUACUCAGAAUCUGAUCGUAUACCAGAUAGGUUCAGAAGCCUUCACGGGGCCACCUGCUAGAUUUUCCGUGCCUUCCUUCAGUGCUACGUAUAGCGUCUAGGAAAGCUACUUCUCUAUGGAGACGGAUGUCACGGCUUUAUGCUUGGUUUCUUUAUAGACCGAGUUGAGUCGACUCAUUAGUUUGUUCACCUUAUCCAUGGCCAAUACCAUACGUUGCCUCUCCAUUCACCGUGACUAUGGCUGCUCCUAGCGAAUUCUUACCGGGAAAUUUAUUGUUCAAUGCGAUGAUCUUGAUGGAAAAGACUAUUGUUUCCCCAGAACCAAGGAUGCUACCGUAGUAUCAUUGAUUGCUACCCUGAUUCAUGUACCUGGGUAUAUCCAAGCGGGUUACCGAGAGCAAUGGAUUCAGCCACGACUUUUAGCAAUUCACACUUACUUUUCUUGCAAAACAACUCUCAUGUUCCUCGCAAUCCCCCUUCAAAUAGCAAUUCUCGCCUCUCCUCGGCGGUUCCUCGUAAAUAAC